AUGUCGGCGACGAGGUCAGCUGCUCCGCGCUUGCGGCUGCUCCAAUCGCAAGCGUCUGCAAUGCGUCUCUUGCACUCUUCUCCAAGCUAUGCCACUCCGAGUGCCGCCUCGACUCCUUCUUCUUCUGCUGCAGCGUCUGAGGCGACAAGCGCAUCAUCCUCCUCUUCGACCAAGAUUAUCAGCUCCUUGAUCCUCUCAAGACCACCCGUCGUCCUCCGUGAACCCAGCAGCUUCGAAAAGGCUUACCACGAAUACAACCGCCAGCUGUCCGAGGCGUUGCAGCAGCCUUUCCCCAAGGAUUUCUACUUUAAAAAGGGUUCUGCAGCUGAGAAGCGUUUUGAGGAGGACCAAACCAGCUCGCCGCAAGGGUUCUCUGCCAUCGCCACAGCUGCCGGCUCUGCGUCCAAGGGCAAAGCUGCAAAGACCAAGGAAGCACCAGCGCUUUCUGCAUCAUCCUCUACGACUGAGGGCGACGCAGAGAACCGGCCCCUGCCCAGAACGACACCCGCAGAUGCUAGCAACGACGUGCGCAGUCUCGAAAGGAAACUCGACCGCACACUCUACCUUGUUGUCAAGCAAAAGUCGGGCAAGGAUGCUGCUGCAUGGCGAUUCCCAGCCAAGGCGCUCAGCAACAUCAAGCGUGAAAACCUUCAUGACGUCGCACCUGCAUCCGUGACCGACAUUCUUGGCAACAAGAUGGAUAUCUGGAUGGUCUCUAAUCUUCCCAUCGGUCUGUACAAGCAGGUCAAUGCAGCUGCCGAAAAGACCUACUUCUUGCAAGGACACGUGUUGGCAGGGAACGCCGAGUUGAGCGAGGGCAAUGACGUCGAGGAGUUCCAGUGGCUUACAAAGGAGGAGAUCGAGAAAGUCAUGGAGUCCAGCUACUGGUCCAAUGUCGAGGACCUUCUCGACCCUUGA